AUGCCCGAUGUCAAGCAUAAUGAGAUACCGGAAGCCGAAUUGAACGAGAUAUACAAAUUCGCCAUACAGCUUGGUAAAGAUGCCGGAGUAAUAUUGCUCGAGAGUCUGCAGAAGCGGCGCCGAGAUAGUCCAGACCAAGAAAACCAAGAAGCAGUCGACGAAUUGGUCAUGGAAGAGAAGUUGAAUGCGGUAGAUAUUGUAACCAAAACCGACAAUGAAGUCGAGGAGUUUAUACACACGUCGAUUCAAAAGCGGUAUCCCUCGCACGCUUUUAUCGGAGAAGAAACUUACUCUAAGGGUUCAUCGAAAGAAUACCUCGUCCAGAACGAACCGACAUGGGUUGUUGACCCGCUCGACGGGACGGUGAAUUUCACACACUCAUUCGUCAUGUUCUGCGUGAGUAUUGCAUUGGUGGUUAAUCAGAAACCUGUCAUUGGAGUCAUAUACGCACCGCUUCUCAAUCAAUUAUUCUCUGCCCGUAAAGGGGAAGGAGCGUGGUUGAAUGAGACGACGAAAUUGCCCCUCCUGGGAAGUGUGGGUGUUGGCCCCAUCCCGAAAAAUGCACCGUCGAAAUGUGUCUUUUCGUGUGAAUGGGGCAAGGACCGGAGAGAUACGCCGGAUGGAAAUCUGCAUCGGAAAGUGGACAGCUUCCUGAACAUGGCGGCAGAGGUGGGAGGCCGUGCUGGCAAAGGAGGAAUGGUUCAUGGCGUUAGGAGUCUUGGGAGUGCCACUAUGGAUCUUGCAUACACGGCGAUGGGGGCUUUUGAUAUCUGGUGGGAGGGCGGUUGUUGGGAGUGGGAUGUAGCUGCAGGGAUCUGCCUGUUGCAGGAAGCUGGUGGUUUGAUCACGACAGCCAAUCCUCCCGAAGACAUUCAAGCUACGAAAAUUGAGGAUGCCAAUCUGGGCGGCAGGCUUUAUCUUGCAAUCAGACCUGCAAGUGAUACUGCUGAGGAGACAGGAAGACAGGGUCAAGAGAGAUUGGUAAGAGAAGUAUGGCGAAGAGUUCGCACAUUGGAUUACACUAGACCCGGAGUCUAG